AUGAUUGGUAUAAUGAAUGUCGGCUCUGAUUCAUCAGUGGAAUUUUAUGCAAGUGCUCGUGCAAGUUCCCUCUAUGAACGAAAACCAUCGAAGGAUUCCAGGACUUACACUACCGACGGUCGUGUUUUGAUCAACGGUGUCCCAGAAGUACAGGACACACCGGACGAUCUCUGGCGUAACCUCAUUUACAAAGCUGUUGCCAGUCGUGUCGUUAAAGAAGCGGAAAUAAAUGAAACUGGACCGUUAGCGGUGAUUCGAAAAUUUUCCUCACGACUUCGUUUUGGCCGCAAAUCAUCGACUCUUCAAAAGAAACCACCAGAAGAGGAGGAGAAAGAAGAGGAAAAAUCCGACCGAGAACAUGUCACGAUAAUCAGAAUUAAAACGGUGAAGCCUAACAGAACGGUGAAGGAAGUGGAGGAAGAGGAGCAGCCAAACAAGGAGGACAAAUCCUCCAUUCAGGAUGAUGAUGGAACAGGAGAUGAACUUCGUAUUUACGCUCAGGAAGGAAUUUUAAAGCGUUUAAUGGAAGAAAAAGCGAUGAUCGAACGACAAAUGGGGAAUAUAUCCAUGGAAUGGGGAAGCGAUAGCGCACGAACAAGCAUCGAUGAAGAAUCUGAUAUUAUCGUGGAGAGAUUUUAA